UGGUAUUAAGUGCAUUGAUUGCAUUGAUUGUAAUUUUCAUAAAAUCCUAGUAUAAAUAAAUACAAUCGCUUUGGUUUGUUCAACAUAAUUUAAAUGCAUGAACUAAUACGAGAUCAAUAUAAAACAGCAUAAGGUUGCGACGUAUAUUUUUCUGCAAAAAUGCAAUCUUACCAUACAUUUCAUUCUAAAGUUUUUUUAAAUUUAUCCAAAUCAUUAUUUGAACUUCCGUUUAAGAGUAUAAUUUUUAACAAAAAUAUAGUGACUAAACCACCAUGCAGGAACUAUUCAGCUCCACCCAAACGGUUUUAUCGAAAAGUUGGCAUUUUGAAAAGUGAUGGCAAAUAUGAAAUUACCUUGGAUCAAAGAAAACUGAAAACUCCAAAAGGAACAAUAUUGAAAGUUGAUAAUGAAGCAUUAGCUUUGGCUGUUGCUACGGAAUGGGAUUCACAGAAAGAAGUGAUUCAGCGGAACAAUAUGCAUUUAACAGCUCUGAGCAGUACUGUAAUCGACAACCCGAAUAACAACACAAAGUACGACAUCGUCCAGCAGAUUCUUUCAUUCCUGGACACAGAUACAAUUCUUUUCUAUUCCAAGGAGGAGGAUGGGUUGUACCAACUGCAACAGAAGGAGUGGCAGCCUCAGAUAGACUGGUUCUGUGAGAGGUUCGAGGUGACUCUUGCAGCUACAGAGAGUAUAGGUAUAGUGAACGUGCUACCCGAGACCAAGGCAGCACUACAGAGACAACUUCUCUCCUACAACUUCUCAGCCAUUCACGGUUUUCUCUUUGCUGUUGAAGCUCUUAAGUCAAUCAUCCUCACAUCUGCGUGUGUGGAGCGUCGCCUGAAUAUCAGUAAUGCUGUUUUACUGUCAAGGCUAGAAGAAGAAUAUCAGUGUGGACACUGGGGUCGAGUGGAGUGGGCACAUGACCUCAGCCAGCUAGACCUCCAAGCACGUGUUGCGGCCGCCGUUCUCUUUGUCCAUCUAAACUCUGCGUCAGAGCAGAUGGUCACUAAGAAAAAGGUUGCCAAUAGUUAGAAAUUUUUAGCAAACAUUUUGUGUAUUUAAAUUAUCAAUACAAAUUUUGUUAAACAACUA